AUGACAACUCAGGAGAAUGAAAUAAAACAGAAGAGUCCAAUGGACUAUGGAAUGUACCCGCUGUUUGAUUGUGGCAUUGAGACUCCUGUCAGAAUCAACAAAGAAUACAUCACAGACCGCGGACACUACGGCUUUUGUGAAAGAUGCGAACGUGGGGUUUUAGAAACAACUGAUCAACAAGCCAUUGACGAAUCGGAAGAUAGUUCUUUUGAAGAAUCGGAAAUUGAAAGAAUCUGUCGGCAUUGCUGUUCUAACAAGUUUCGCUACCUCUAUGACGACGAUGAAUUUAAAUACACACCUUCCGAUGCGAAAUUUCGAUGCCCUGCUUUUAAAAGUGGAAAGGGAUGCAACGCCAAAGAUUUGAAUUACCAGCAGUUCGUGGUGGGCCUUUGCUGCGACGCUGGAAUUGAGUGGACUGCCGAACCAGAAGAGCAGAGAUACAAGCUUGCCUAUCUUCAGCAAUGCUUUGAGAAGUCGGAGAUUGAGCUCAUUCAAGCUGAGAAAAAUUACUAUGGAAUGUUCAAAGAGCGAACAGAAAAAGGAGAAGAAUUGAAAAAGGCUCAGGAUGAGGAAGAUACGAGCAUGGCGAAAUUCAAGAUCAUCUGGGGAAAAGUAGAAGAACAGGAAAAAAUUCACAGCCGUACGAGAAAACGAUUCAGCUUCUGCAGCUACAAAUAUUCGGAAAGAUGUCAGUGGGAACCUCCUCGAAAAUUCAGAAAAACUCACAGCAUGAAAAAUUUCUGCUCACUUUGCCCACUUCCGUAUUACAACGCCGAUGGCCACCAAAAAGCGCUUCUUCCAUGCGGACAUAGCUUUGGCUACACAUGCAUCCAAACAAGACGAACCUGCCCGAAAAAUGGUUGCAACAGGCGAUUCACUUAUAAACAAAUCUAUGUAGAGGCGGAAUCUGACUCCGACGAGUAA